AUGGGUACUGUUUCUUUGUCGCCGGUCGGCUUAAGUAGCAGUGCUAGGGCAUUACGCGGCCCGCCGGAGCGGCGGCACGUGGCGACGGGGGAGAUAAGCUUCAGAAAACUGGGUUUCAAAGUGUUUUCGUUUGGGACCCGCUGUCAGUCCAGCGUGGCGGACGCGACCAGUCGCUUCCGGGCCUUUCCAUAUCCGGCACAUAUUCAGGCUAGAUAUAACGGGUGCCGCUUAGUCUGUUGGGCAAUAAAGCCGUGGCGAGCCCGGGACGCGGUGCGUGCCUGCGUGCACGCAGUGAACGCGUCGGGCUCGGCCCGUGGCAGCUUGGGUCGCAAACCACCUAGCUUGUCCACCACCUCCGUGCGCCGCCCCUGCCUGCUCGCCCUCGCCGCCAUCCUCUUCUGCUUUCCACCGGAGACGGCGCUAUAUGCCUAUGGUCCUCUACUAAACUUUCCGCCGCUAACGGUGCAAGUUUCGUAUGAUCCUCGGUGGUCCGACGAGUUCAGGGCCAACGAGGCCGUCGCCGUCCUCGGCGAGGCGGCCAGCGUCGCCGCCAGACACGCGGAUGCGGGCGGCUAUGCGUACGGCUGCGCCAGGCUAUGGCUGGCAUGGGGCUGCCCUCCCGCUCCCGGCGAGGGGGUGAACGGAACCCUGGUCCACGGGAGGCGGUCCUAUGAUUGGGAGCUGGAUCGCUUCGAGGAGGAGAGGCGGCACUGCAUCGACGAGCGCGUCCCUCGGGACCAUCCGGAGGAACACCUCUUCCGUCGCACCUACCCGACGACUACUUUUGAUCUUCGCUGUUGUGCCUGUUGCUUUUCAUGUGGUCGGUACUACUGAGGGAGACA